UCGGGUUUAAUCAGUCGAUUGUUGUUGUUGUUUCUUUUUUGUGGGAAGUGUUUGCUUUGUUUCGAAUUGGCAUUAAUGCUAAAGAAGCUUCUCCGCUAAAGUUCCAAAAAAAUAUUGGGCAAUUGUUUCAUACGAAACAUAACCAGUGAGUUGCAGGUCCUGUAGUUGCUGGAUACUUCAAUUUCAUGCAUGGUCUGGUCGGUCAUCUUUCUUAGGGAGUUGAUAAGCAAUGAGAACUUAAUGCAUAGUGUGGACUCGUAAGUAAGUUGUGGUCUUUCCCUCUUACAGAUUAGUUCCAUUAACUUACGCUAUUAUGGACGUGGAUAAUGUGCUGUAGAUGCAUUAUCGGAAGCGGUUUGUUGUUUCAUUUAAUCAGAUUCGCAAUGCACAAUUGUUUACGAGCAAUUUCUUAUGCACAUUUUGUUUUAUUACUAAGCAGUAGCUUCAUUGAGCAGAACUGGAAUUCCUAAAAUGACAUAUUAAUCCACGCACGUUGAUCAUAUUUAUCUGUACUGGUCCAUGCAUAUGGAGUUCGCAGGGAAAGCCAAGCCAAGCGAAGUGCACAUCAUGUCCCCAUAUAUUGGAUUUCUUCAAUGAUUGCCAAUACCUCUGAGCAUUUUGUUGGCUCUUAAGUGGGAGUGCUAGCUGUAGCCAUACAUUAGUUGCUUUUAUGCUGAUAGUGUGCCGCAAAUGCUAUCGGUGUUCUUACUACAAAACAAGAUAAUGACGAGACAACUUGAAUUUAACGAGAAGAUUUAGGACACAGACUGUAGUUUCCCCACUUAUAGUUAAGGACCCUGAAUAAGAGCUAACUAGUUACUUAAUUUGCAUGUGAAGAGCUAUAUGGAUCACUCGCUCCCUGCAUUCUCGUAUGUGAGAAUUUUUUGCUAAUGAUAUGAGCCUAAAGGACAGACUCAGCACCAAGAUGAAUUCAGUUGUUUCAGUUUUCAACCCAAGAAACAGACUGCUAUAUAAGCAAUAUAGCUGAGGGAACCUCAGCAUGUUGAGGCCUCUUAUAAGCUAAAAUCUGCUUUUGGAUAAAAAAUCCAUGUUUCUUUUCCUGCUGCCUGCAAGAGACGAAGCCUCUAAUCUUUCAUUUUAUCGACGCACGAACACCCUUAACAUGAAAAUCUAUCAUAAGUAUAUACACCAGUGAGUUGGAGGUCUCACCUUCUAGAGCUAUUUGCAUUAAAGACUUUUACAUAUUGGACUCACUUCUACCAUUUAAAAUCAUUUUUAGGCAUAAUGGAGAUCAUGAUUGAAGUGCUUAUGCCUGAAGUUGGUUGCUUAUUGUGAAAUCGUUCGUCACGGUGCUGAGAUGGUGUGUGCCUGACACUUUCAAAUAAGUUUCUUUUUGUGUUAAUUUUAUAAUUAUCUUCUCAUAUUAUUUUGAAAUGACCAACACUGUGGAUCUCCAUUAAGUCGUAAUAAAGAGUUGCAUGAUGACACUAAAAGGUUAUCACCAUGGAAGUGAGCAGUGAUUUUUUGGAUCCUCUUGAUGCAGGAGUUGGAGAAGUUGACUUAAAGAAAGUGGAAGAACAGACACUAGAAUUGGAGAAGAAUCUGAUUGUGAAAGAACUGGAAACACUUGAUGUAUUAGAAGAACUGGGAACAACCAAAAGGAUUGUGGAAGAUUUGAAGUGGCAGCUCCAGCAUGAAGCGCUGAAAUCCAUGACAGUCCCUGAACCGCAAGAACGGAUGCCAACUCCUAUAAGUGAGGAUAUGAAUAAGGAAAAUCAUAAGUAUAUUCUGAGCAAUUGCGAGCAAGCCAUGGGAACUUCCAGCCUGUGCCCUUCUCCAUCUCCUGAUUUAAUCCUGAUGGAGUUGAAUCAAGCGAAGUUGAAUCUGGGCAAAACCAUACACGAGCUUGGGCUGAUUCAAACAUCCGUUGAAUGUCUCAAUAAGAAAAUAAAGAAAGAGAAAGCCUUGCUCGAGAAAACCCGCCAGAGGCUGACAUCAAAGCCGGCAGGGGCAUCGUCUUUGAAGGAAGAACCAGAACGGCAAAGGAUGAAGCCGCUAUUGGUGGACGAUGCUGACCUCUUUGGGAACUACAAAAAUGUCAUGGAAUUACUUCCAGAUGGGAAUUACAGGCCUGAGCAAUAUAGCGAGGUGGAUGAAGCUAGAGACUUUGGAGUAUCAAGAGCUGUUCCGUCAGUCCAGCAGAUGAAUGCUAGCAAGAAGACCGCUGAGAUGAGAUUAAUUGCAGCCAGAAAGAUGGAGGAAGCAGCUAGGGCUGCAGAGGCGGUUGCACUUGCCGAGAUAAAGGCUUUAUCAAACAAUGAAGGGUCGUUUAACUUCCUCCUUCCUGAGCCAGACAAUGCAAUCUCGUUCUUGGAAAGGCCAUCUCCUUUCAACUCUAAGACUCAGAACGGAGUGAAGGCACAAACGAAAUAUAUGGGAGAGGCCCUGUCCCAAAAUGAUGGGGCCAAUACUCCCAAGGUUGCUAUUCUAAAGAAGUUAGAGGACGCAACAGAAGAAGUCAAAUUCAGUCAGCAGGCCCUGGAAGAGGCUCUAAACAGAGUGGAGAUUGCAAACAAAAAGCAACUCGCAGCUGGUGAGGCUCUGCGGAAAUGGACACCAAAGCAUGAUCAGAGGGGAGCGGGACCUGCUAAGAGAGUGAAUCUCUCCAAUCCGUCUGAUCAUCCACGAAAUUCACCGCUCGUAGACAUGCGCAGGCCGGAUCUUGCUGAUGAGGAACCAAAACCUGUUUUGAGGCCCACAGUUUCGAUGCGGGACGUUCUGAGCAGGAAGCAAGUGCUGCCAGAAGAAUAUGUGGCAAGAAGACAGAGCGAAGGCCAAAGGGUUGCUUUAAGUCAAAUGCUUAAUGAACUGAGAGAAGAUCUAACAUUCCCAUCCAAGGCUGAAGGGAACCGUCAAAAGCAGUUCCUAGCGCAGCGCAAGAAGUUCGGUUUCAUACAUAUCUCGCUGCCCUUGACAAAACAUAACAAGAAAAAUGUGCAACCUUCGGACUUACGUUGAUGUCCUUAGUUGGUCCGUAGAUUCUGCUCUGCUCUGUGUGUUCUAGUGUGUGGUUGUCCUCCUUUGCGACUCAUGGUUUUUUGCUAUGUUUGUUAGUGUUGAUUGUGUGAAUCCAGGGUCUUAUUUCGUCAUCCAUAUUCAUGAAUGAGUUGUGAUGAUUUUUCGUUGAUGUGUUGGGCUGUCAGACAGGACUAUAUAUAGUGUAAUCUUAAUAUCAGAUUCAGUAUAGUGAAGAUUUAAGCUUUAUUAA